GGCGCAGCCCGGAGUCGUCAUCUCCCCGCGCCUUCCUAGCCGGGCGCGGGGCUGAUGGCCCUGUUUAAUGACGUCACGGCCAUUGACAGCGAGGGGUGGCGGUGGCUGCUGUCAUGGUGGAGAGCAGCCGGGCACAUCAUGUCUAGAAUGGGGGCCUUGGGCGGCGCCUGCUCAGGACUGGGACUGCUGUUGGGCACCGCCGCAGGCCUUGGAUUCCUGUGUGCCCUUUACAGCCAGCGGUGGAAACGGACCCAGCGCCAUGGUCAAAGCCAGCUCCUGCCCAACUCCCUGGACUACACACAGACUUCAGAGCCCGGACGCCAGGUGAGGCCAUUGCGGGCAGUCCCAGGUGAGGCUGGAGAUGCUGCGGUGCUGCCCAGCCUUCCACGAGAAGGGCAAGAGGAGAUACUGGACCGCCUGGACUUUGUGCUGACCGGUCUAGUGGCACUGCGGCGGGAGGUAGAGGAGCUGAGGAGCAGCCUGCAGGGGCUUACUGGGCAGAUUGUUAGGGAGAUACGGUCCCACAUGGAAGAGAACCAGAGAGCGUCUCGGCGGCAAAGGUUCCCAUUUGCCCGGGAGAGGAGUGACUCCACUGGCUCCAGCUCCGUCUACUUCACGGCCACUUCGGGAGCCACAUUCACAGAUGUAGAGAGCGAAGGCGGUUACACAACAGCCAAUGCCGACUCUGACUAUGAGCGGGACUCAGACAGGGAGAGUGAAGAUGGGGAAGAUGAAGUGAGCUGUGAGACUGUGAAGAUGGGGAGAAAGGAUUCUAUGGACCUGGAGGUAGAGGUGGCUUCAGGCCCAGUGCCCAGAGCCCUGGAGGCUGAAGGCUCCCCUGGCCUGGAGGAUGUGCUGCCUCUCCUGCAACAGGCAGACGAGCUGCACCAGGGCAGUGAGCAGAGCAAGCGGGAGGGCUUCCAGCUGUUGCUCAACAACAAGCUAGCGUAUGGAAGUCGGCAGGACUUUCUCUGGCGCCUGGCCCGGGCCUACAGUGACAUGUAUGAGCUCACUGAGGAGGUGAGCGAGAAGAAGUCAUAUGCCCUAAAUGGAAAAGAAGAAGCAGAGGCUGCUCUGGAGAAGGGGGAUGAGAAUGCUGAAUGUCACCAAUGGUAUGCAGUGCUUUGUGGUCAGCUGGCUGAGCAUGAGGGCAUCCAGAGGCGCAUCCAGAGUGGCUUUAGCUUCAAGGAGCAUGUGGACAAAGCCCUUGCUCUCCAGCCAGAAAACCCCAUGGCCCACUUUCUCCUUGGCAGGUGGUGCUACCAGGUCGCUCACCUGAGCUGGCUAGAAAGAAAAACUGCUACAGCCUUGUUGGAGAGCCCCCUAAGUGCUACUGUACAGGAUGCCCUCCAGAGCUUCUUAAAGGCUGAAGAACUACAGCCAGGAUUUUCCAAAGCAGGAAGGGUAUACAUUUCCAAGUGCUACCAAGAACUAGGAAGAAACUCUGAAGCUAGACAGUGGGUGAAGCUGGCCCUGGAGCUGCCAGAUGUCACUAAUGAGGAUUCAGCUUUCCAGAAGGACCUGGAAGAAUUGGAAGCAAUUUUAGACUAAUCACAUUUCAAUGACCUUCAUGACUUGAGAAAUACCACUACCUAAAAGAGACCAAAAUAGAGUCCUUGUACCCUUAGACCCAGGAGACCGAGUUAGAAUGGUUAAGGGAGUGUACUGACUCUGACCAGUAUGUGCUACCAUUCCCCAUUUCUUGCCUGUUGUCUACUGGUUAAUUUAUCCUAAUUUUUUAAUCUGAAAUUGGGAAAGUACUUGAGGCCUGGGUUUCUAUUGUUCUGUCCCUUAAGCGAAUUCUUGAAAAAUCAAACCUAAUAUGGCACCUGUCCUACAGGGUUAAGUGUGGUUAGGGCAUUAAAGGCUGACUUCCAAUGGCUGCUAAGGUGAAUGAACUUCAAAGAACCAUAUGAACAAAACAGAACCUGUACUCUCUAAUCUUUUUCACAGAUUAAUAUUCAAUACCAAAGUAUAUAGUCCUAGGAUCACACCCUACCAGGGUAAAAGGAAGGGUCCGGGCAGUCCAUGGAUAUUGCCUUCUUCUCACCAAUCAUGUGGAUUCUAACUGUAUGCCUGGGCCAAGGGGCUGGACCACUUGAAUUCCAGAGUCUUGGCUGCUUUGGGAAUGGCAGCAGGCUUAUGAGACUGAAACUAUGAUCUGAGGAGUUGCCUGGAAUAUAUUUUGGUACAAACUUAAAAUAAACCAAAUUUGACUAGAAA